GCGGCCCGGGGUGUCAGUGUGGAGGAGACUGAGUAUUCUACCUUGUAAAUACUGUUAUUUGUAUAUACUGUAAAUGAUGACGUCGGUGGGCACUAACCGAGCCCGGGGAAACUGGGAACAACCUCAAAACCAAAACCAGACACAGCACAAGCAGCGGCCACAGGCCACUGCGGAACAAAUUCGACUUGCACAGAUGAUUUCGGACCACAAUGAUGCUGACUUUGAGGAGAAGGUGAAACAAUUGAUUGAUAUCACAGGCAAGAACCAGGAUGAAUGUGUGAUUGCUUUGCAUGACUGCAAUGGAGAUGUUAACAGAGCCAUCAAUGUUCUGCUGGAAGGAAACCCAGACACGCAUUCCUGGGAGAUGGUCGGGAAGAAGAAAGGUGUCUCAGGACAGAAGGAUGGUGGCCAGACGGAAUCCAACGAGGAAGGCAAAGAAAAUCGAGACCGGGACAGAGACUAUAGUCGGCGACGUGGUGGGCCACCAAGACGGGGAAGAGGUGCCAGCCGUGGACGAGAGUUUCGGGGUCAGGAAAAUGGAUUGGAUGGCACUAAGAGUGGAGGGCCUUCUGGAAGAGGCACAGAAAGAGGCAGAAGAGGCCGUGGCCGAGGCAGAGGAGGCUCUGGUAGGCGGGGAGGAAGGUUUUCUGCUCAAGGAAUGGGAACCUUUAACCCAGCUGAUUAUGCAGAGCCAGCCAAUACUGAUGAUAGUUACGGUAAUAGUAGCGGGAAUAUGUGGAACAACACUGGCCACUUUGAACCAGAUGAUGGGACGAGUGCAUGGAGGACGGCAACAGAGGAGUGGGGAACUGAAGAUUGGAAUGAAGAUCUUUCUGAGACCAAGAUCUUCACUGCCUCUAAUGUGUCUUCAGUGCCUCUGCCUGCGGAGAAUGUGACAAUCACUGCUGGUCAGAGAAUUGACCUUGCUGUUCUCUUGGGGAAGACACCAUCUUCAAUGGAGAAUGAUUCAUCUAAUCUGGAUCCAUCUCAGGCUCCUUCUCUGGCCCAGCCUCUGGUGUUCAGUAAUUCGAAGCAGAGUGCCAUAUCACAGCCUGCUUCAGGGAACACAUUUUCUCAUCAUAGUAUGGUGAGCAUGUUAGGAAAAGGAUUUGGUGAUGUCGGUGAAGCUAAAGGUGGCAGUACUACAGGCUCUCAGUUCUUGGAGCAGUUCAAGACUGCUCAGGCCCUGGCUCAGCUGGCAGCUCAGCAUUCUCAAUCUGGAAGCACCACCACCUCCUCUUGGGACAUGGCCUCAACGACACAGUCCCCAUCACUGGUGCAGUAUGACUUAAAGAACCCAAAUGAUUCUACAGUACACAGCCCCUUUACAAAGCGCCAGGCUUUCACCCCAUCUUCAACCAUGAUGGAGGUGUUCCUUCAGGAGAAGCCACCUGCAGUGGCCACCUCCACCGCUGCACCUCCACCCCCCUCUUCUCCUCUGCCAAGUAAAUCCACCUCGGCUCCACAGAUGUCUCCUGGGUCUUCAGACAACCAAUCCUCCAGCCCUCAGCCAGCUCAGCAGAAACUGAAACAGCAAAAGAAAAAAGCCUCACUGACUUCUAAGAUUCCUGCUCUGGCUGUGGAGAUGCCUGGCUCAGCAGAUAUCUCAGGGCUAAAUCUGCAGUUUGGGGCAUUGCAGUUUGGGUCAGAGCCUGUCCUUUCUGAUUAUGAGUCCACCCCCACCACGAGCGCCUCUUCAAGCCAGGCUCCAAGUAGCCUAUAUACCAGCACGGCCAGUGAAUCUUCAUCUACAAUUUCAUCUAACCAGAGUCAGGAGUCUGGUUAUCAGAGUGGCCCAAUUCAGUCGACAACCUAUACCUCCCAAAAUAAUGCUCAGGCCCCUCUAUAUGAGCAAAGAUCCACCCAGACUCGGCGGUACCCCAGUUCCAUCUCUUCAUCACCCCAAAAGGACCUGACUCAGGCAAAGAAUGGCUUCAGUUCUGUGCAGGCCACGCAGUUACAGACCACGCAAUCUGUUGAAGGUGCUACAGGCUCUGCAGUGAAAUCUGACUCACCUUCCACUUCUAGCAUCCCCCCUCUCAAUGAAACGGUAUCUGCAGCUUCCUUACUGACAACAACCAAUCAGCACUCAUCCUCCUUGGGUGGCUUGAGCCACAGUGAGGAAAUUCCAAAUACCACCACCACGCAACACAGCAGCACGUUAUCUACACAGCAGAAUACCCUUUCAUCAUCAACAUCUUCUGGACGCACUUCGACAUCCACUCUUUUGCACACAAGUGUGGAGAGUGAGGCGAAUCUCCAUUCUUCCUCCAGCACUUUCUCUACCACGUCCAGCACAGUCUCUGCACCUCCCCCAGUGAUUGGGGGUUUGGGGAAGAAGACCACAGAGGUCAAGUGCCUUCUUAUUACCUCACAUUAA